AUGACCGUGCAACCACUAGAUGCGGUCCAUAGGGACAAGAUCGCGCAACUACCAGAGGAGAUGUUCACCAUCAUCAAAUCUGUUGGACGCGCAACUGAACCACGCUUAGGACGACUGCACAUACUGGGGCGAGACACGCUGGAAACACCGCACUAUGUCGCCACAACUUCUCGCGGCGUGGUACCACACAUCACUCAGGACCUGUUCGCGCGGGCUACCGGCAUCAAUGGCGUCUACGUUCCCCUAGAAGACUUCAUAGAGAAAGCGCCAGACAAGAUUCCACCGCUCUACCAGUUCAAAUCGCCAGAUGGCUCAUCGCCACUCCGACGCUUCAUCGCGUUACGCGAGCGGGCACUACUUGUUCUAGGAGCCAGGAGGACGCCGCCCAUAAUCGCGCCAGCAGCGAACCCAAAUACAAACACCAGCGUCUCGAUAUCCACAUCUGUUGGCUUCCGACCACUGACAGCGGAGGACUACGCUGAGGCGGCGGAGAAGCUACAGCCUGAUAUCGUUGUGGGGCUGGGGGACAUUCCGUACGGACGAGCACUGGGGUCGAAGCGGAUCGAGAAGGCGACGGAUCGGAAUAUCGAGUGGUUGCAGGCACAUGUGGAUGUACGGAAUGACUGGUACGAGGAUACCACUGGACCUAGUACCGAGCUGUUCGCGCCGCUCCUGCCCGUGUCCUGCGCGAAUCAGCAUUAUUACAUCGAAUCUUUGCUGCAGGAUCGGUCGAAGGAUGUCGAUGGAUUAGCGUUCUACAAUCUCGCGGCGCUCGAAGAUCUACCAGAUGGGCUUAGCCAUCUACCACGGCUCGCGCUCACCGAGCCAACUACACCGCACGAGGUACUGCAGCACGUCUCGCUCGGUCUGGACGUUCUCACUGUGCCUUUCAUUACAGCAGCGACAGACGCCGGAAUCGCGUUGAGCUUCGCGUUCCCUGCAACCGCCGCUCCCAAGGCAGAAGCUCCUCCCGUAUCUCUCGGCAUCGACAUGUGGACCACGGACCAUGCAACUUCACUUGCACCGCUCGUUGAGGGAUGCGAAUGCUAUGCAUGCACAAACCAUCACAGGGCAUACCUUCAGCAUUUAUUGAGUGCCAAAGAAAUGCUGGCGUGGGUACUGUUGCAGAUUCAUAAUCAUCACACGCUUGAUCUCUUCUUCGCUGGCAUUCGGAAAAGCCUAGAGGAUGGUAGCUUUCAGCAGAACGUGGAGGGCUUCGCAAAGGUGUACGAGAGCCGUCUACCAGAAAAGACUGGUCAAGGUCCGCGGAUACGAGGCUACCAAUUCAAGUCCGAAGGACCUGGCGAGCCGAAGAAGAACCCUGCGCCGUUCCAGAUGCUGGAUGACAGAAGCGAGAAACUUGCCGAAAGCACGCCGCCGGCUGCCGAUGCAGACGCCGCAGAGCUGGAAGAACAGGGGUUUGCUGAGAAGCAGUCGUGA